AUGACGACUCUAUCGUCAUCUAUCCCCCCGAUAACUUCCUUACCUGAUGGCCAUUCUUGGUCCUUCAAGGAUGUGGUUUCUGGAUCGUCUUCUUCUGCUCCUAAUCUUAACUUUGUGCACUCUUCUUUUAAGGGUUGCCCAGCUCUUUUGUUCGAUGACUCGAAUGUAUCUCAGUUAGCCGCCCAAUUUGUCCUUACUCUUGUUGGUAAAUUCCUCUUGCGUCACCCUAAUUUAGAUGUUAUCCAAAAAAAUUUUGUUAGCCUGAAAUUGUCCGGUGCGUUUCAUGUCGGUUUGUUGGAUUCUCGCCAUAUUGCAAUCCAAUUGACGAAUGAUCUUGACUAUAGUCAUAUCUUCGUGCGAAGGUCCUACUAUAUUCAAGCGUGCCAAAUGUGUCUUCUCAAAUGGACGCCAAACUUUGAUGUGAGGGAAGAAUCGCCUAUUGCACCGAGCACUGAUCAGGUUCACAAUAUUCGAAAUGAUGGACUAGACUUUACAAUCCCUCCGCCAGAGAAGUUUGAUCAGAGCGGGCAUCAGCCUGACAAUGCGGUACCUCUAUCUCACAAAAUACCAGUGGAUGUUUCAUCGGACACCGAGGAAGAAAUCUAUGGCAUCCUGAAUUCUUCUUCACCUCAAAAUAUUCAUUCCCAAAGAGAGAUUCAUAAUGGAGCCACUGGAUUUACCCGGCAAUAUCAUUACGGUAGUGAUGGCUAUUUGAACUUGAGUUCGUCUGCGGACGCUGUGCGGCAAUCAGUGGGACAGCUGUGGAAGGAGGGGAGGAUGAGUCUUGACUGCACGAAAGAAGAAGAAGAGCGUUCGUCCGAGGCUUGUGGGAGCUCGAGCAUUCUUGGGAGGAUGGGCAUUGGGGAAGGUGCUGGUCUCCGAGAGGGGGCAAGAGGAGGAUACGCAGCAGACAUCAACUCAAGUAAGGGCCGGCAUUCAAGCAAUGAAUCAAUUUCUGCCGAUAAGGGGUUUCCUGUUGAUACACCAAGCGCCCCACCGUGCCAUGCUUCUAAUCACGAAAUCAACCAAGCUAUGGGUCCUUCAACCAAUUUAACUGCAUAUGAUGCUGGCCAUAUGGCAGCUUUUAAUAUCUAUUCUACUCAAAAUGGUACUAGUUCUCGCACAAAUUCUGGAAGCCAAAAAACAAACGGGGAUAUUAGGUACCCUUCAGUUGGUAGUGAGACUUCAGCUCCUCUCAAGUUUUUGCCGCUAAAAGUUCCCAAUUUUCAUGCAUGUGAACAAGGGCCUUGGUAUUCUGUUAUUGCAUAUGAUGCAUGUGUUCGUCUUUGCCUUCAUCUAUGGGCACGGGGUUGCAUGGAUGCUCCGAAAUUCUUGGAAAAUGAAUGUUCACUGUUGCGAAGUUCUUUUGGGUUGCAGCAGAUACUGUUGCAAUCAGAGGAGGAACUCUUGGAAAAACGCUCUUCAGAACCUGUUGAAGGAACCGUGAUAAAGCAAAAAAGAAUCUUUGGAAAGUUGACUGUUCAAGCCCGUAAGGUCAGAAUGUCUCUGGACAUUCCUUCUGGCUGCAAUUUAAUGUCAUUGGGGAGACCAAUAGUAAAACUGUGUUCAUUCAGGCAUCAUAUGUCGAAUUUCCAGUCAACUUUCUCAUCUAGAUUGGCUUCACUACGGAGAGUUCGUGUCUUACCAUGCAUGCCCGCCAAUAGUUCUUUUAGCAAUCAAAGUCGGGCAUACAUUCAAGGUAGCACUCAGUACAUGAAGCGGGUUCCUGUUCUCCACCAAACUAGAGUAAAUUCUCUCUGCAAUGCUUGUACUUGUGAGGUUGUGCAAGAAUCAUACUUUUGCCUUAUGAGAGUGAGAAGCUUAGCUGAAGAGGACAUGAUCAGAUUGCAAGUUGAUUCUGGUGAAAAGCAUGCUUUCUUCCCUGAUAGUAUGGGAGAUGAUCUGAUUGUUGAAGUUCAUGAUUCCAAAGGAAAGAUUCUUGGUCAGGUUGUUGUUAAGUUGGCAAAUAUUGCAGAGGAUCCGAGUGACAAGGUUCGUUGGUGGUCUAUUUAUCGGGAACCAGAAAAUGAAUUUGUAGGACGCAUUCAGCUUUAUGUAAAUUACUCAACCACUACAAAUGAAAUCAAUUCUUGGAAGUGUGCAUCUGUUGCAGAAACUGUGGCAUAUGACAUCUUAUUGGAAGUUGCAAUGAAAGUUCAAAAUAUUCAGCAACGCAAUUUACUACUGCAUGGACCGUGGAAAUGGUUACUAACAGAAUUUGCUUCAUAUUAUGGUGUUUCAGAUGCAUACACAAGAUUAAGAUAUCUGUCUUACAUCUUGGAUGUAGCAACCCCUACAGCAGAUUGCCUAACGUUGGUGCUUGAUCUUCUUGCACCUGUACUUUUGAAGACUGGCGAUAAAAAAGCUUUGAGUCAACAGGAGGAUCGUAUCCUUGGAGAAGUUGAGGUGCAAAUUGAGAUUCUUUUAGCUUUGGUUUUUGAAAACUACAAGGCACUGGAUGAGUCAUCACCUUCAGGAAUUGUGGAAGUUUUCCAAUCUUCUACUAGCACACCAGCUGCAGCUUUGGCUCCUGCUAUAAAUCUAUACAAGCUUUUGCAUGAUAUAUUGUCACCAGAGGCUCAAUUAAAAUUGUGCAGCUAUUUCCAGGUCGCUGCUAAGAAGAUAUCAAGGAGGCAACUAUCUGAAACUGAUGAAUUUAUUGAAAGCAACAUUGAAGGGACUUCUGCAAGCAGUAAUGGAGGACCUAUGAUGGAAACUGUAACUCUUAAUACUGCUUAUGAAAAGAUGAAAAAUUUAUGCUUAAAUAUAAGAAAUGAAAUAUUUACAGAUAUUGAAAUCAAUGAUCAGCAUGUGCUCCCAAGGUAUGUGUUUUUCCAACUUUGCUAAGCUCUAGGAACAUGUCCUGUUUGUUUCUUGCUAUAUACGGUCUUUUCUAUUCUAAGUAUAUGCAACUAACUUCCAUCACUUUUUAUAUUUAACCAUUUUCCUUUAUGAUGGAAAGAACAUACUGGCCACAGUUCUUUCAGCUAUUGAAAAAGCCGCAUUAUCUUCAAACUUGCGUUAUUAACUUUGAUUCCACUAUCUGAGGCAGCUUCAUCAGUCCUGUGAGUUACCCUUACAUGUGCUAUAUGUGGCCAAUGCAUAAAACCUCUUCAUCCGUUUAUUCUGCAUUAAAAUGAUAUCCAUACCCACAGAUUGUUAGGAUAAUGUUUGUUUGCCUAGUUCCCAUACUCCCUCUAAAUACUUUCACCAUGUUAAAGAUCAUUCUAAAAAAAUAUUCUAUUAACAUCAUUUUCCGAAUCUAAUGGAGCAAUUGAGGUUUAUCCAUUUAGAAUGUUGGUAGUUAGUUUUAUGGGCUGCUUUUUUUCCUAAAUAAUUGUUCUUCCAACAUCACUAUAAUUGUUAGUUGCGAUAAAUCGUCUGCUACAAAAAUUUACUUUUGGGUGCCUCAACCUCUUCCCACCGAUUCAGGGAGAAUAUUAAUGAAUUAUGUUUUGGGAGAAAUUUUCAAAAGACAAGUUGGUUAAAAGAUAAGACACUACACAGAUUUUUCCCUCAUAUGCGAGGAUUUUAAGAUUUGAGUUUUAGUUUCUCAUUGGUACUUAAAAUCUUUAUUGCCAUGCUACGAAAAGGGUAUACGGGGCUUUCUUGCUACGUCUCGGGUGUUGCAUAUGAGUUUUCCCAUGCCCUGCUACGAAAAGCACAUAGGGGGCCGUCUGUCAUGCUGCACAUGUUGCCAGCGAGAUUUUUUGAGUUUGCGAAUGUUAUACCUUUCCAUGUGCAAGGCAGUGAUGAAGAAGGCAAGAAGUUCACGACAAGGGAGGAAACACCCUCUCCUUUCUUAAUUUCCUUCUCUUUUUUAUUUAUUUUCUUUUUAUGAAAUUUAUGUUUCUUUAAAUAUAAUAUUGAUAAUUAUCAUAGGCAUUGAUAAAAAUGUCCGCUUCUUGAGAAAACCCUCGUUGCCUCCCUUCCCAUGCUUCUUCCCUGGAGGCGAUGUCAGAUAGCAGCUCCUCAUUACUCCCCAACUCCAUGAAAUCACCUCUCCCCAAUCUUCCACUUAUUCUCUUGAAAGCCCCUUCAAACACUAGUUACCUGCUAACUUACACAACUUCUUCUCUCAGGUGCUCUCCAGGGAUAAGAUUUCCCCUCCCUCGACAAUCCAAACUCUAUCCCUCCCUCCACUGCUACAAACCCUAAAUUCACCUCUUCUAACCGAACCCUUGCCCUGUAUUCGAAGAUGGUUCUCUAUUCGAAAACUCCAGCUACAAAUAAUUUCUUUGUGAACUUCAUAAACACAUGUCCGACACCAUACAUUUCUUAGAAGAAGAAAUUCCUGGAGGUUCGAAGGAAUGAGAACUUUCCUUGGUUGGUUACUCCAUCAGUAGGUGGCUUUAUUAUGAAGCUUUGCUUGGUGCCAUUAAAAGAGCUUGGGCACUCAAAGGUACAAUCAACCUUCUUUCUCUUAAUGAU